AUGCCCUCCCCCCCUCCUCCUCCACGCCCGACCACCGCGCCGCCCGAGUCGUACGCCGUCAUCGGCGGCGAAGGUUUCGUCGGCGGCGCCCUCGUCUCGGCGCUCCUCGGCCUCCACGGGCCCUCGCGCGUCGCCUCUCUCGGCCCAACGCAGCGGCGCCACUCGCCCUCGACCUACCGCUUCUUCCACACCGACAUCACGUCGCCGUCGAGCAUCGCGCGCGCGCUGCGCGACUCGGGCGCGACGACCGUGUUUCACACGGCGAGCCCGCACGCCCAGGCGACGAGCGCCGUGUGGCGCGCCGUCAACGUCGACGGGACGCGGUGCGUCGUCGAGGCGUGCCGCGCCGCGCCGGGCGUCACAAAGCUCGUCUUGACGAGCUCGAUGACGGUCGUGUACGAGCGAGGGGUCGCACUGAGGAAUGUCGACGAGCGCAUGCCGGGCAUCGAGGGCGACGAGGAGGUGGCGACGUACGCGGGCACCAAGGCCAAGGCCGAGCAACUCGUGCUCGAGGCCAACGGCAAGGACGGCCUGUUGACGUGCGCGCUACGACUCGGCGGCAUCAUCGGGCCCGGCGACCGACAAGUGCUCCCCGGGUGGAUCAACGUCUACAAGGCGGGCCAGCACGUGUUCCAGAUGGGCGACAACCUGCACCUGUUCGACUUUGUCACGCUCAAGAACGUCGUGCACGCGCACCUGCUCGCCGCCGACAAGCUCGGCGCGCCACCGCUCGACCCUGCGCAGCUCGAGACGCGCCUGCCGCCCGUCGCGGCGACCGUCGGCCGGCGACAGCUCCCGACGUCGCGCCACCCGGACGCCGUCGACCCGCUCGACCCGCCCGAGUACGACGAGCCGCCGCUGCCCGCGGCGCGCAACCGGUGGAACCAGUUCUACGCCCCGUCGUGCGUCUCGCCCGAGGAGGGGCUGCUGUCGGUCGCCGGGCAGGCGCUCACGAUCACCAACGGCGAGCCCGUGCCCUUGUGGUCGCUCGGGCGCGCCAUCUGGCACGCGUACGACCCGGCACAGCGGUACCGGUCGUGGCUCCCGCUCGUCUUUCCCGGCGCGGUCGGCAUGCUGUACGCCGCUGGGUGCGAGUGGGUCGGGUGGGCGAGGGGCAAGCGGCCCGAGGAGUGCGGCGUCAACCGGGCCUACAUGGCCUACGUCCUCGACGACAUGUACUUUGACAUUGAGCGGGCACGGCGACUGCUCGGGUACGAGCCGGUCGAGAGCCUCGAGGAGGGCAUCCGCUCGGGCGUCGAGUGGUACAAGGCGGACGAGGAGCGGCAGAGGGAGCAGAGCCGGAACAAGGCCCGGCAAUGAAGUGCAGUGCCUCUCGCGAGCGUUAUCGUCGGGCGCGCUCAUUUCGCCC